AUGGAAGAAAAAGUUGCGCUAGCGACAGUGCUGCGCCGCUUCGAGGUGAUAUCGACACUGAGCGAAGAAGAAAAUCGGGCGCUGCCGGAAGUUUCGCUGAAACCGAGCCGAGGAUUCCCAAUUCGGACCAAGUUUCGAGCGAAAGCGCAUGAUUACACCGGCAAGCCCGGUAUACUGCUGCCCGGACUGAGGUAUGCUGCUGUGAGUUCCCAGUGGGGUGAACGCGACAAAACAGCACUACAUCCUAACUCGUCGCUGUUUUAUCGACCUAUCCGCCUACUGAUAGCGCACAAUCUGUUGCUGACAAAAGCUGAUAUGAUAUAA